GUCAGCCGCCGCCGGUAAUCCGCGCGGCGCCGAGGUGUCUGGGCGACAGUCAAAGGGUCGCCCCGGAGUCCCGUUUGGAUGAACUCGUCGCCGGAUGAGAUGCCAUAAAACUCAGGUGUCUCAUUCGUCCCUACAAUGGGAAGGUGCAGCGCACAUGGUCAGUGCAGGACUGGGCUUGCUCGGGCGGCCAGGAUGCUCGCGGUCAUUGGCAUGCCGCGGGUCAGAUCAAAGGGCUUGUUUUGCCCCAAGAUGGCACGUAGGAGUUUGCAAACAGAUGGCAGAAGUUUACGUGGGAGGGGUAAAGAGCUUCUGGUCAGUCAUUCUGAGCUAGCUUCCGAAGAGACAACAUCGUCCCGUGCACUUUGCGCUCCGUCCAGUUGUUUCAAGCCAGUGUCCGUCGAGUCGAUAUGCUUGUGUUGAGUGCUCGUGUCGUCGUGUGUUUCUAUGUGUGCGUGUGUGGGCUAAAAGUGUUUUGAGUUAUGAGUGACAAGUGAUGCAAUUAGGCUACUGUGCGACCAAAACAAGUACUCCAUAAGGUAAGUAACGCCUUUUAUUUGCAUGUAUCACGGAUCAGUACUGAUAAACCGAGUGUUCAAUCAAUGUUCCAAUAGUGUUCAACUCCGUUGUUGUGCACUUGCAAGUGUUCAGCUCCUUUGUUGUGCACUUGCAUGUGUUCAACUCCUUUGUUGUGCACUUGCAUGUGUUCAACUUCGUUGUUGUGCACCUGAAAGUGUUCAACUUCGUUGUUGUGCACCUGCAAGUGUUCAACUCCGUUGUUGUGCACUUUCAAGUGUUCAACUUCCUUACAUUAGACGCAAAUUGUGAGAGACGUGUUCAACAGUAGGGCUCUGAACACCCGGCCCGCGGGUACCCGCGUAACCCGGGUAGGAACCCACGUACCCGGGUUGACCCGGUAUGUGAAAUUGCCUACCUACAGGUGCGGUUCCGCCCGUACCCGGGUACGCGGGUAAAAUUGAGAGCCCUAUUCAACGGAGUAAUCCAUUUGCAAGUGCACAGCCGAGUAGAAUAACACUUACAGGUGCACAAUAAGUACCAAUACAAAACUUUGCAAUUUUUCAACUUGCAACACAUACAAGUGUUUACCGGUUGAACACUUGGUUUAUCAGUGUAAGUGCCCGUCCUUUUAACCCUUCAGAUGUAAGCGUGUACCCUGAAUUAUCAAAUGUGUCGACAAAACACCGCGAACCAAGUAUAACCGCGGCCCGCGUGUGCCGAAGCGACCAGGAACAACCUGCGGGUUGCGAGUGCACUCGCGAGGGUUUAUGUUUGCGAUGCAUGUAAUGACAUGUCGUGGGCCCAACCCCGCGAGUAUCCCCACCCCCGCCGUUGGGGUGCUUGCGACCUUUGGGCCUCGCGACGUCUCAUUUCGCGGGGCACAGCGGCAGCCCGGGGUAUAUUUCGAGUGUUUGUAAUCACAUAUUUGACAAUUUCGGAGCAUGCGUACGCACACGAUUUACAAAUGCCAUGCACCUAGUGCAAAUGAGCGACUAAAUUCUAACACUGUGUGAAUUUAUUUGUUCACCUAGAGGUGUGUGACAUUCGUACACUUGGGUUUUGCGGGGUCCGUUCGUGUACUACUGUCGAUUUUUACUGUCUCCAUUUACGUAAUCUAUUUCUGUCUCUAAACUGAAUACAUGUUUCUACAGGCCUGUCAAAAUGAAGAGAAAGUACUCCACUUUUAAAAUUUUUGAUUCAAGUGUCUCGCCUAUUGACUGGUCUCGCUGUGUGGUAUGCCAAACUGAUAGACCGGAAGAACUAACAACUCCAAGUCGAAACAGACGGGCGAUAAAGAGUAAUGGAAUUUCGACCAUCAGUAGGAAUCUUAAAAAAUUUCAAGCCUUAGGCAAAGUUCCUCGUAACGCUAAUGUUGACGCAUUAGAUGCAGGAAGGGGUAUAGAGGCCAAUCUGUUAGAAAAUGACGCCAAAUGGCAUAAAAGUUGCUAUUUGCAGUGCGGUGACAGCAAGGUCGCAAAAGUAGAAAAGAAAUUGGCGUCAGAAAACAUUCCACCACGAACGCCACUAUCCACUCUUACUCGUCAAGGACCUGGCAUAAACAACACUCCUGUUGCACAAGCACGCAGCUGUUUUGUCUGCUCAAAACCUGCUACAAGAAAAUAUCCUUUGAACAGAAUUGCCGAAGAGGGUAGACUGUUGGAUAUCGCAAGAAAAUGUGGAGACGACAGGGUAUUGGUUAUACUUCAAGGGUGGCAGACCUCUGCUGGUGUUUGGUAUCACAACACCUGCCGAAGUACUUAUAUCAGGGAGAACGGACAGCCACUGACUGCCCCAACACCUCAUCGGGAUUUUUACGCUGAGGCUUUAUUCACUGUCAUUGCUCAUAUUAACGCAGCAAAACAGUCCUCUGAAGAUUAUCCCGUCUUUGUAAUGACUGAUCUGGCUCACAUAUAUACUGAAAAAUUAAAACAAAGCGGAAUUGAAAUAGGUACGCACACGAGCCGCCUGAGGGAAGAAUUGCUUAAAGAGUGCCCUUACCUAGAGGCGUCUGUGAAACGUGGACAAAAAUGUUUAGUUUCAUUUAAGAAGGACAUCAACACCACGUUGAGGAGAGAGGUUUCGGGAGUGGGCGGUGAAGUGGAAGAGUUGGAGAGGGCAGCAGAUUUACUGCGACGCCACAUUUUUAGUCACAGCGCUGGAAGCUGGGCCGCCAUGUCUACAGAGUGUGUGUCAACAAGCACUCCACCUGUGCUGCAACACUUUGUGAAAAGACUCAUUGACGGCCCCAAUGCUUCACAAAAUGAAGAUAAUGCUGGAUCUACGAUCAGUCAGUUAAUUUUCUUCAACGCGAGAAAACGUCACAAUGGCAAGUUUCGCCGUCAGUGUGCUGACCGUGAAACACCAGCACCAGUAUAUGUGGCAAUGAAACUAUUUGGAGCAACAAGAAGCAAAGAUUUAGUAAAUAGGAUGUGCAAAUUAGGAUUGUGCAUCUCUUACAGCAGAUUGAAACUAAUCCUAACGGAAAGGGCUAACAAGGCAUGCACACGUUAUCUGCAGGACCGUGUGGUGUGUCCACUUUCCCUUGAAACAGAUGCCUUCACAACUGUGGCAGUGGAUAAUUUGGACCACAACACAACCUCCAUGACAGCAAAAGGAGCAUUCCAUGGCACAGUAAUCUCUGUUACGCAACAUGGACCACCAGGUGGUCUGCGACAAACUGAGGCCUCUUCAGAUGUUUCUUCACGAAAAGUGCUGGGGCUCCCGUCGGAAUAUACAUCUGUCCCACUAACCUUUCUUGAUUGUGGGCAAUCGCGUUGUCCCGUCUCAUCUGAAAGCCUCCCCCAAAGGCUUUUCGCUGAUCCUGCUAAAGAGGAAAACGAUUGGCUUGACGCAUGCGGUCAGAAAGAAACUAUCAACACCUGGUCUGGAUUCCAUUCAAGGCGAUCCGAUGAAGUUCGUCACGAAUCGAGAUUUGCUGUGCUUCCGCCAUUCCAUGUACUGGCUCACACGGUGGACAUGAUGUCGCACAGCAUGACCAUAGCCCAGACAACAACCAAGAUUCUGAACCCAGCACAGCAGGUGUCUGUACUAACAGGCGACCUGCCACUAUUCUCACUGUGCAAGCAGAUACAGUGGCUACGCCCCGGUGAGAUGGGAGAGGAAAAAAUGUUCAUAAUGAUGGGUGGAAUGCAUAUAGAGAAAGCAGCUUACACUGUCCUCGGAGAUCUGCUGGAGGGAAGUGGCUGGUCGGCUGCACUUGUCCAAGCAAAAAUAACUACUAAGGGCAGAGCUGACUCCAUGAUAUCCGCCUCUCAUAUAACGAGAACUAGAUACGCCCACCAGGUCACUGCUGCUGUCUUCCACAGUCUGAAGAAAAAGGCGUACGAAGAUUAUGCAGGUGACGAACCACUUUCCUUUCAGGACUGGUGCAGUUCAAAAGAAAACAUACCACAAUUUAAAUAUUGUGAUACUGUUCUGAAACUGAUUCUGGCCAUACUCCAGUUCGUCCGAGCAACACGCACGGCAAAUAUUGUACUAUACAUUGAGGCUCUGUGUAGAAUUGUCCCUUACUUCUUUGCCAUGGACCACACACACUAUGCAAGGUGGCUACCUAUCCACAUAAGAGACUUGGUAAAUCUACCAAAGAGUCACCCACAGCUAUGGGAGGAGUUUAAGGCCGGUCAUUUUGUUGCUGCUAAAACUUCAAGGCGGUUUUCCAAAAUAGCUCUUGAUCAAGCACAUGAACAGAUCAACGCCAUCUUGAAAGGAAAUGGAGGUAUAGUGGGUUUGACGGAGAGUCCAUCCGCACUUCUGAAGUGGAUUUUGUUCUCUCCAGAAAUUGCCGACAUUGUCGCAAAAUUCGAGGAGGGUGCAUUCAGUUCAGAUCCUGAUUCAGAUUUACAUCACCUUGAUACGGAAUCUGCACGUGAAACUUUUUCAAGUGAUAUCAGCGCUUUAGAAGAAUAUUUUAUUGAGACAUCAGGAAAUCCAUUUGCUGCGGAGGGAUCAGACCUGUACAACUUCGAUACACGUCGCUGUGCAUCCAAAGAAGUGAGCAAUACUUUUUUGAACUUGGAGGCUCUUGGGAAUGAACAGUACCAGAAAUACACUGAAGAAAGGCUUGUGGCAGGGACGGUUUCAAUUCACGCCCCGAUAAAACAUAACAAGCUGCCCACAUUUUCCAAAAAUAAUCGAUCUGCUGGGAAGAAGCAGCAGAAUGAGCAAAUUAAGGCACUUAAAGAAGAGAGUAAUCUUUUCGGAAGAAUGUUUGUAGCCAUCAGCAACAGUAGGCCAUCAAACCUGAAUCUGUUUUUCUCACAUGAAAGCCAUGAGUUCCCUCCGUCACUUUUUUAUAGUGAUGGGAAAAUGAGGUUUCCAGAGAAGUGUGACCUGCUCAAUGACUGCCUCUUUCCACUUCAAAGUUCUCAGCUAGACAACUGCCCGAAUGUCACAGCAAAAAUAGUAGAUGGUGGUUACAUUGCCCGUCUACUUACACCCGGGAUUUCAGUGACAUUUUUGGAAUUUAGAAACAGAGUGUUUAUACCUUAUUUACUGCAAGAGAGUUCUACUGUAUCUAGAAUGGACAUUGUAUGGGACAGGUAUAUUGUGGACAGUCUAAAGUCGAUGACGAGGGAGAAUCGAGGUGAGGGGUGUAGGACACUCGUAACUUCAGGAACUAAAAUACCCAAAAACUGGCAGGACUUCUUAAGAAAUUCUGAGAACAAAACCGAAUUUUUUGCCCUUAUGGCUGAGGGCAUACCCCUUUGCAAAGUUGCAUGUCACCUGUACUCCACUUUUGGGGAGGCCGUUCUGACCAACAGUGAGAGAUUGGAUGUAUCCUUCAUCUCACCAUGUAAUCACGAAGAAGCCGAUACUCGAGUUUUUCUGCAUGUGGCCGAUGCAGUCCGCUUGGGACACAGCAAGAUCCUUAUUAGAAGCAGUGAUACGGACAUCGUUGUUCUUGCCGUGACCUGCUUGGAGAUGCUCCCAUGCUUAAAAGAGUUGUGGAUUCACACAGGAACAGGGAAGAGACGGCGGUACAUUGCUACUCAUGAAAUAGCAAACUCGCUCAAGCUGAAGCUAGGACCCAGUAUGCCAUUAGCACUGCCAGCUUUCCAUGCUCUAACAGGCUGCGAUACAGUUGAAGGCUUCCACAAAAUUGGCAAAAAGUCGGCCUGGAAGGCUCUCAUAUUGCGUCCUGAAACAGUAGAAGCUCUACUGAAUUUGGCUGUUGGUAACAUUGCAGAAGCACAGAAUGAUCUCUUCCACUUUAUCAUGGCAAUGUACAGCGCUAGACAAUUUGCAUCAUUAACCGAAUGUCGUCGGUCACUUUUUGGCGGCAGUUGCAGCCGUUCCAUGAAAACUAUUCCUCCUACUGAAGAUGCGUCUGUACUACAUUUCUUGAGGGCUUCCCACCAAGCACAAGUAUGGAGUCAGCUCACUGUAAAGCAGCAGGCACUUCCCUCACCAUCCGAUUGGGGAUUUUUACGGGGAGAAGACGGAUGGAAACCCGUUUAUCGCACGAAACCAACGGCUGAGGUUGCCUGCAAAGACAUUGUUGUAAAAUGUCAUUGUAAGGUAGUGUGCGUGGGAAAUUGCAGCUGCUUCAAAGUGAACCAAAAAUGCACGGACUUGUGUAUAUGUCCCUGUAAAGUAAAUGAACAUGUGGCUGUAGAGUAAAGUGUGUGGUAUCAUAGCAUCAACUAUAAAUAAACAGUACUUUGUCAUAAAUAACAGAAUCUUAUGUCGCUCGCAUUAUGUUUUUUUCGGGGUGUUCUGGGCAAUCAUAAUGACUUUUUCUCGGCACACAAUCUCGCACACUCACACUUACACAACGUAUUCCGGGUGUACGGCUAUAAAAGUAAAUCGAUGUGGUCUAUAUAUUUUUUCAGAAACGUGUUUACGCCUUAGAAGUAGGCAACCCGCUAUAAUCACCCGGAAUACGUCAAAAUAUAAUGUAAGUCCCAUUGCAAGAACCAUUGGGAUCGUUAAGGGCCUGAAAAGUAAUUGUUACGCGUUUUUUUGCAAUUUUGCCCCUGCGUAGUAUGCAACUAGCUCGUCGCGGGUGGUACAAUUGUAAAAUACAGGUGUGCAACAGCUCUUGAUAGUACCCUGUGGGUGCGUACAACAAAACCACUAGAAGGUUUCGCCAGAGUGUGAAUUGAUUACACCUAAAAAGUACAACCUACGGCAGUUUUAGGGGCGUUUUGGCACGAGUGCCCCUCCCCCCCCCCUUCCCCACUUACACACCUACCUCCACUAUAACAAAUCCCCGCAAGCACUUAUGCGCACUGUAGCACGCAUAUUUGCCGCAAAGAACACUUUUUUAAAAUGAUAGCCAGUUUUUGUAAUUUUUACGCCUUACAGGUAGGCAACCCGCUUAAUAGUGCAAACCAUGUUUAUGCAUACUGUAUUACUCAUUUUUGGAACCAUUCCGCCCAAAACAUGCUCGAAAAAAUCAUGUUUUACGUGCUUUCUGCAUGUUGCCCCUGCCGAGUAUGCAACCCCCGUACACCGGUCCAGUCGCGGGUUCGAGGUGGGCUCCACUUCGGAAAAGUAUCCCCUGGAUGUGUACUACAAAACCCUCCAAACCGUUUUGCUCUACUACAAAAUGCAAUGUUGAAUCGCUUGUUUACC